GGCAGGCAGGCUGCAGCCCUCCUCAGUGAGAGAAGUUUUGGCCCAAGGAUUCUGUCCUAGAAUGAGAUGACCUUCAUGUCGACUCUGUUGGAUACUACCCGGCCGAUGCUAUGGUUGCCUUUCUUACGAUCUUACAGGUGAACCUUGUGAUGUCCAUCCUGCUCUACGUGAUGGUCCUCGUGUACCUCUAUGGUAUCCAGGCAACCAACAUGGACAACAGUCACCAGCAGCAGCAGCAGCAGCAGCAGCAGCAGCCUGGUCCUGACCCUUUAAACUCCCUCAUCAUCCAGCUGCUCCAGGCUGACCUGACCAGGGGCAAGAGUCGGGGUAACCAGAGCCAGCAGGGGAAAAGCCGAGACCCAGAGACCCAGGACUCUCUUCUCGUCGCCAAUACGCCCACGGAGGAGCGGCGGGGGGCCGUGAUGAUGUUGAACACGGACCUUCUGAGGCAACACAAGCGCUUCAAUUCGCCUCGAGUGCUUCUGAGCGACAGACCGCCCCUGCAGCCGCCGCCGCUGUACAUGGCGGAUGACUUCGUGAACGGCGGACCGCAGGGCCAAUCAUCCGGGAAUAAGACCCGGAAGAAGCGCUACACCGAGCACAGGAGCUACCGCGGGGAAUAUUCCGUGUGCGACAGCGAGAGCACGUGGGUGACCAACAAAACCGAAGCGGUGGACUUGGACGGGAACACCGUCAAGGUUUUGGGCAAAAUCAAAACCAGCGCCACGCGGGACAUCAAUCAGUACUUUUACGAGACCAGGUGUCUGUGCGAGAAGGGACGCUGCAGGGGCAUCGACGACAAGAACUGGAACUCGGUCUGCAAAACCAAGCAGGCCCACGUCAGGGCGCUCACGCAGGACUUCAACAAUAGAACAGGCUGGAGGUGGAUACGCAUCAACACUUCCUGUGUGUGCGCGCUGUCCAGGAAACGUCACAGGACGUAAAAAACUAAACAACCCCUCGGGAACCUCGGCCACCUGGAACUCCUGCAGCGGAGUCUAUUGGCAGGCCACAGCCCCUGGUGGUUGGUGGUGGUAUGACAUGACACCUCUACUGAAGAAUACCAGGGUCAGAACUUGUGUGAAGGGGAACUGUACAUAUAAAUUAUUUAAAUUAUAGGAUAUGCAUGUAGUUCAUACAUGCUGGUCUAAAUAUAUAUGUAUGAAUAUAUUUGUGUUAUUUAUUGAAGGAAGUCUGCUUCCAAAGGAACAACAAAACAUCUAAAAAUUGGAGCUAUUCUGAGGCUACAAAGCUGGACUGGGCUGCAAAGGUGCUUCACCCUGACACUUAUUAUGUGCCUUGACCAGUGUGGCUGCACAGGGACCUCAUUUACACACACACACACACACACACACACACACACACACACACACACACACACACACACACACACACACACACACACACACACACACACACACACACACAUACACACACACACACACACACACACACACACACACACAC